UUCCCCUUCUCUCUCUCUUUCUCUCUCCUCUCUCUCUCUCUCUCUCUCUCUCUCUCUAUCUUCUUCUACGCCGCCAGGCUUCCGAAGUUGACCUGGAUAUCGUCUCAAAACUGUUCAACGCCGAGUUCACGAGUUCAAGAUCUGGUCAUUUCACCUCUCAAUUUCACUGAUUCAAGAUCUGGCUUGUGCUUCAAAGUUGAUUCCGAAUGAUGUCGGUGUCGCUGAAAGACGAUUCCAUCGAGAUUCGAGAAGUAUGGAACCACAAUCUUGAACAAGAGUUCGCUUUGAUCCGUGAAAUCGUGGAUCAGUUUCCCUAUAUUGCGAUGGAUACCGAGUUUCCAGGUGUUGUUCUUCGACCGGUGGGGGCCUUCAAGAACAUAAACGAAUAUAACUAUCAGACGUUGAAGGACAAUGUUGAUAUGUUGAAGUUAAUUCAGUUGGGACUCACUUUUUCUGAUGAAAAUGGAAAUUUACCCACUUGCGGGAGUGAUAAGUACUGCAUUUGGCAGUUCAAUUUUCGCGAAUUUAAUGUCAGUGAAGAUAUUUUCGCCAACGAUUCCAUCGAGCUGUUGAAGCAAAGUGGCAUUGAUUUUAAGAAGAACAACGAGAUGGGAAUUGAUGCCAAUCGGUUUGGGGAGCUUUUGAUGUCUUCGGGGGUUGUUUUGAACAAUGAUGUGCAAUGGGUGACUUUUCACAGUGGGUACGAUUUUGGAUAUUUGCUUAAGGUGUUGACUUGCAGGACUUUGCCCGACUCGCAGACGGAGUUCUUUGAUCUGAUCAAGGUGUAUUUCCCAAUGAUGUAUGAUAUCAAACACUUGAUGAAGUUCUGCAAUAACCUCCAUGGUGGCUUGAACAAGCUAGCCGAGCUUUUGGAAGUUGAGAGGGUUGGUAUUUGUCACCAAGCUGGAUCAGAUAGUUUACUUACUUCUUGUGCCUUCAAGAAGUUGAAAGACAAUUUCUUUAAUGGCUCCACAGAGAAAUAUGCAGGCGUGCUUUAUGGUCUUGGCGCAGAUGGAUCUGAAAAUAAAUGAUUUGACAUGACCGAUUGCCCGUUUGACCAAUUAGGCAUGUAACUCCCAUUUCCACAUGUAUACAGUUGGUGAAAAUGUUGUUGUUUCUUCAUUUUCUUCGAAUGCUCUUUCUGUUUUAUGAUUUUCCGUGUAACUCAACCCUUGGUGGUCCAAGGGGUCUUUAUAGCUCAAGCGCUGUAAAUUAGUACAGUUUAGUGUUUUAAUAACAAUCUUAACAUUUUACCAACU